UGACAGAUGAGUUAGCCACGGCAGGAAAGCCGAUGGACGACGACGACAUCAUCAACGCCGUAUUGAACGGCCUUGACGCGGAUUACAAUCCGCUUGCCGAAGCUGUCUCGGCCAGGAUUGAUCAGGGUAUUACCCUUGGCGAAGUCUAUGCCAUGCUCUUGGCAGCUGAAGCGCGCAUUGAGGCGCAGAACGCCGACACGGGUGGUGGCGGCUUCUCAGCCAAUCUCGCCUCCAAAGGUGGGUUCGGUCGUGGCAACGGAGGCGGCUACCGUGGAGGUGGCAACAGCGGUAGCCCGCACCGCGACAACUAUGGCCGUGGCUAUGGCGGGGGCUACGGAUCCAAUGGUGGAGGCGACGGCUACAACAGGAAUGGCGGUGGCAAUCGCUACAACAACAAUGGUGGUGGCGGCAGCAACAACUAUCAAGGCAACAAGCCGCGGUACGCUGGACCACCAUGCCAGAUCUGUCACAAGCCAGGUCAUCCGGCUGACAAGUGCUUCAAGCGCUUCAACAAGUCCUACGUCACCCCCGAGCAGCCGCAAGUCAACGCGGCAACCACUGAAGGCUCCUAUGGGGGAGAUCCCCAUUGGUACAUCGACACCGGUGCCAAUGAGCACGUCACCGGCGAACUAGAGAAGCUGGCCAUUCGCGAUCGCUACCACGGCAACGAGCAAGUCCACACCGCCAGUGGUCAAGGACAAGGACACAGGGAGAAUCAUCCUCCAGGGCGAGAGUAGGAACGGUCUGUACCCCAUGCAUGGCGCCUCCAGUGAUUCAUCCAAACAACUCCUAAGUGCCAGUUCGAACAAACCAUCCUCUACACGGUGGCAUGGGCAUCUUGGCCAUCCCUCGUUUUCAGUUGUUGAACAAGUCAUUAGGACGAAUAAACUUCCUGUGUCAAAUAAGCAUGAUGAUUCGAUUUGUGAUGCUUGUCAAAAAGGCAAAAGUCACCAAUUGCCUUAUCUUAAGUCUACAAGUGUGUCUAGUGCUCCCUUGGAGCUUAUUUUCUCGGAUGUUUGGGGACCUGCUCCCGUUUCUGUUGGUCGUUACAAA